GCCCAUGCUGUAGGUCCAGGGCAGGCUUUCCCAGCAUGCUCUGCGAAGAAGUCAAAGAUGGCGGCGGUGUCGUCUAUUCGCUGGCUGGGGGUGCGCCUCAGGUUUAGUCUGCCGCUGACAGGUAGGCGAGCAGGUCUGUGUGAACAAGCACCCAGUUGCAGAUUUUAUUCUGAAAGUGAAGCCCUCCCAAAGGUUGAGGGAACUGAUGGAGCAGGGAUUGAAGAAGUAAUAAUUCCAAAAAAGAAAACGUGGGAUAAAGUGGCUGUUCUUCAAGCGCUUGCAUCCACAGUCCACAGGGACACCACGGCUGUACCUUAUGCAUUUCAAGAUGAUCCUUACCUUAUACCAACAUCUUCCCUUGAAUCUCGUUCAUUUUUAUUGGCAAAGAAGUCUGGGGAGAAUGCAGCAAAGUUUAUUGUUAAUUCACAUCCCAAAUAUUUUCAGAAGGACAUAGCUGAACCUCAUAUACCGUGUUUAAUGCCUGAGUACUUUGAACCUCAGAUUGAAGGCAUCAGCGAAGCCGCCCUGAAGGAACGAAUCAGGCUCAAAAAAGUCAAAGCCUCCGUGGACAUAUUUGAUCAGCUUUUGCAAGCAGGAACCACUGUGUCUCUUGAAACAACAAAUAGUCUCUUGGAUUUGUUGUGUUACUAUGGUGAUCAGGAACCCUCAACUGAUUUCCACUUCCAACAAACUGAACAGUCUGAAGACUUGGAAGAAGAACAUAGUGACAAAUCGAGGAAGAAGGCUGGUCAUCAACUUGGAGUUCCAUGGAAAGGAAAAAACAAUGCUGAGAGAAUCUUUGCUCUAAUCCCAGAGAAAAAUGCUCAUUCCUACUGCACAAUGAUCCGAGGAAUGGUGAAGCACCGAGCUUAUGAACAGGCAUUAAAUUUGUACACUGAAUUAUUAAACAACAGACUCUGUGCCGAUGUUUACACAUUCAAUGCAUUGAUUGAAGCAACAGUGUUGACGAUUAAUGAGAAAUUUGAGGAAAAGUGGAAUAAUAUACUGGAGCUGCUGAAACAAAUGGUUGCACAAAAGGUAAAACCAAAUCUGCAGACUUUCAAUACCAUUCUGAAAUGCCUCCGAAGAUUUUAUGUGCUUGCAAGAUUGCCAGCUCUACAGACGUUACGUGAAAUGAAAGCCAUCGGAAUAGAACCCUCGCUUGCAACGUACCACCAUGUUAUUCAGCUAUUCUAUCCCCAUGGUCAUGGAAGCUCUUCGAAAGGAUCAUCCCUCAUCAUCUAUGAUAUAAUGAAUGAAUUAACGGGAAAGAAAUUUUCUCCAGAGGACCCAGAUGACGAUAUGUUUUUUCAGUCAGCCAUGAGAGUUUGCUCCUCUCUCAGAGAUCUAGAACUUGCUUACCAAGUACAUGGCCUUUUAAACACUGGAGACAACCGGAAAUUCAUUGGACACGAUCAUCGGCGUAAUUUCUAUUAUUCCAAGUUCUUCAAUUUGAUUUGUCUAAUGGACCAAAUUGACGUCACCUUGAAGUGGUAUAAGGACCUGAUCCCCUCGGUCUUCUUUCCCCACUCCCAAACAUUGAUAGAUCUUCUCCAAGCCUUGGAUGUGGCCAAUCGGCUAGAAGUGAUUCCUCAGAUUUGGAAAGAUAGUAAAGAAUAUGGGCACGCUUUUCGCAGUGACCUGAGAGAAGAGAUCUUGAUGCUCAUGGCAAGGGAUAGCCACCCACCAGAGCUUCAGGUGGCAUUUGCUGACUGUGCUGCCGACAUCAAGUCUAUGUAUGAAAGCCAAGACACCCGACAGGCUGCUCUGGAUUGGCCAGCCAUCCCUCUCAACUGUAUAGCUGUCCUCUUUUUAAGGGCCGGAAGAACCCAAGAAGCCUGGAAAAUGUUGGGACUUUUCAGGAAGCAUAAUAAGAUUCCUAGAAACGAGUUGCUAAAUGAGUUCAUGGACAGCGCGAAAGUGUCCAACAGCCCUGCCCAGGCCAUUGAACUGGUGGAGCUGGCAAGUGCCUUCAGUUUAUUGGUUUGUGAGAGUCUCACCACGAGAGUAAUGACUGAGUUUGCACUCAGCCAGGAACAAAAGGAAGCCCUGGGCAACCUAACUGCAUUGACAAGUGACAGUGAUGGUGACAGCAGCAGUGACAGCGACAUCAGCGAAGGCAAAUGAAAGUGGGAGGCGCGGGAGCAGUGACGGCCUCACCAUGGCUGCUGGAAGCAUGCUUGAAACCUGAGAUGCUAAUACCUAACAGCGUUAUGAAGAAAACAAGAAGACACACAGAUUUGGUGCAUUUGUUAUUAGGAAGUACAGCCGAGACAGCAUUGACUUGUUUAGAUUAAGCUCCUAAUUUGUUAAACCUUAGUGUGCCGUUUAAAGUUUAUUAUUUAAGCACUGCCAUUUUCAUUUCUUCAGACACAUAGUGAGGUCCUUGACUUUUAUCAGGGAAUAGGAUGGUGACAGUUUAGGCUGCAUGACUGGUAACAUGAAAACUAAAUAAACAUCCAUGUGUAUGCGUA